UUAUGUUGCAGCAAUUUCUAAUGUAAGAAAGUAAUGGGUGGACGGCAGCCUGUCCACCCUCUUACAAAGUGAGCCAUUAUUAGUAGGACUAGUCUGUUCAGCACCUAGUCUUUCCCAUACCUGCUAACAGGUGCAAGUCUCACAAAGGUCCAAUAAAGAAUUGAUCUACAAAGAUAGAUGAAGCAGAUAAGAAAAAGAUAAGAAGCAGAAUUUUCGUCAGGCUUUAUAGGGUUAAAACGGCACUGCGCUAUUGUUUGGGUCACGUGUGCAUGUUUGAUCACAUGAUCACGCCUUCAAUGCUGCUAUUCAGGAAGUAAAUUACCUUUUGAUUUCUUUGGGGGGAAAACAACUCGUUUGUUGAUUGUUAAAAAUAUAUAUGUUGCAUCACUAAAAUGAAUUCAAUGCUUCCCGCGGCUGCCGUUUAUCAUCUCCCUUGGGAGCUGCAGUCGCGUGCCAUCGCAGAAGGAACAUCUGUACGAACUUUUGGAAGAUUGACAUGUUACCUUCCUGAGGAGUCCAAGGCCUUUCUAACCUCACAACAUGGUUCUGUGAAGUGCCAGGUGGUGGUUCACACAUCUUAUGUUGAGCCGUUCAAUCCCAUAGAGGGAGCUAUCUACAUGGUCUUGGGAGAAACAGAGAAUACAGAUGACGGUGGUGCGGUGGUGCGGGCUCGGGUGCUGAACUGUGUGGAUGGCGUGGACUUGGCCCUGUUGCAGAAAGCCGUCCAGGACCAGAGGAGCCUCUUUCAGGAGUAUACAUGAUCUGGGAAGAAGCCACUGUGACUGACGGAUACAAAUACGAACAUAUGAAGUCACAAGAACUGUGUGUGACUUGCUGCGUGGCUUGCAACUGUUGUGGAAAAUGUAGCUCCGCUUCGAACAUUUAUUCUGAUCAUACAAUGUGCAUGCCUGAUGGAGACCCUGUUGGGUCGAAAGAAACCCAACCCCUGUUGGGUCAAAGCGGAGCUACAGUGUGCGGACAUCUACUCUUUCCACUAUCAGAUGCGCCUUUGUCCUGCACCUGGCCUCAGAGAGGUGGGAUGUGCAGUCUCUUACUCUUAUGAAGAUUUUAUUGACUUGCAACUGUUACCAGGGUUUAUGUCAUGUCAUGAUGUAACUGGAUACAGUGUAAAUAUUAUGACUUAGUGAAAGUUUCCAUGUCUAUGUGGUUGAUAGAGGUAGCCAGACCUCUCAUGUCCUACAUUGUACAAUAAAACGUGCUGUAUAAAAAAAAGCUAUCAGAUAAUAAAGUAGUAAUAAAUAGUAAA